UAGAUUCUUUCCACGUGGAAAAAAAAAACGCGCGCGCCGAACGGAAUUGAAGGCGUCGAGCGGCGUCGCCCGGCCGGCCGAGGAGGCGGCGGCGCACACACGUGUAUCGCCCAUCGUUCUCUCGACGACGUGUCACGAUGGUGAUCGCGGGAAUCCGGACCCAUGAAUGUGCAUGCUUCUCUCCCUCUCUCCCUUCCCGCGAGUGCCGUUCGUCAGAACUACGAUUAAUCGAUAUUAUUGCACGGUCAUACGUGUGUGUCCAACCCUCCGUCCCGUCGUCAUCGCCGCCGCCGCCGCCGUCGCCGCCGUGCGCUGCCGACGCGAGUGAAAUCGCGCGGAAGCCUAAGCGUUCCGGAAUUAGCUUUCCCUCGAGUUCUUAACUUUCGUCCGAUGUAUCAUUUAUUUUAUGCUACAGGUUUCUAUCGUAGGAAGUUAUGACAUGGUACAUUUUGGACAUGCAAAUUCCUUGAGGCAGGCAAAAGCCUUAGGUGACUAUCUGGUUGUUGGUGUUCACAACGAUGAAGAAAUCACAAAACACAAAGGUCCUCCCGUCUUUACCGAGCAAGAAAGGUACAAAAUGGUGCGCGGCAUCAAAUGGGUAGACGAAGUAGUCGAAGCUGCACCCUACGUUACUACGUUAGAAACAUUAGAUAAAUAUAACUGUGAUUUUUGUGUUCACGGUGAUGAUAUUACAAUGACGGCUGACGGUGUGGACACAUAUCAUUUAGUCAAGGCAGCUGGCCGUUAUAGAGAAGUCCAGCGGACAGCUGGCGUCUCAACGACCGAUCUCGUGGGACGUAUGCUACUGAUGACGCGACAGCACUUUCGGCAGGGUGACAACGAAUAUAGCGUCGACAGAGAGCCGAGCAAGAGCAUGGGCCAGGAUCGAACCGCCCGGAGUCCGUGGACCGGUUGUUCGCAAUUCUUGCCAACCACGCAGAAAAUCAUACAGUUCAGCGACGGCAAGAGUCCGCAGCCGAGCGAUAAGAUCGUGUAUGUAGCGGGCGCGUUUGAUCUCUUCCACGUGGGACACUUGGAUUUCUUGGAGGUCGCUAAGAAAGAGGGAGACUACCUCAUUGUUGGUCUGCAUACUGAUCCCGCCGUUAAUCGAUAUAAAUACGGCAAUCAUCCCAUUAUGAAUCUUCACGAACGGGUUCUCAGUGUGUUAGCGUGUAAGUAUGUUAAUGAAGUUGUAAUCGGCGCGCCAUAUGCAGUGACGAGAAAUCUGAUGGAACAUUUCAAUGUAUCUGUCGUGUGUCACGGACAAACGCCUAUAAUGCCUUGCGAGGACGGAUCGGAUCCGUAUGCGGAACCCAAGAGGCAAAAUAAAUUUAAGUUGUUAGAUAGCGGUAACGACAUGACAACGGAAAAAAUCAUUGAAAGGAUCAUUCUCCACAGGUUGGAAUACGAGGAUAGAAAUUUAAGGAAGGAGAAAAAAGAGCUUGCCGCUUACGAAGCCUUCAUCGAAUCUAAGAAAAAUGACAGGAUUGAAUAAUUAUCUGUCUUAUUUUCUUUCCGCACCAUUCGCAUGUAUAUGUGUGAUGAUCAGAUUUUAUAAAGUCAAUAUGUAAAUAUGAUGUCACACAUUGAUACUCAAUUUAUCGUUUCGAAAUGCCUUACAUAGUUAAAAUGAAUAUUUAUAAUUAAUCAAUUAAUACUAGAAAUAUCGAUUUGCGAUAUGGAAAUUCGCACUAGUUUUAAUUUGUUGUAAUACGGAAAAUGAUACACAAUGAUAAACGACUGUAAAAUUAGAUGAACAUUUUAUAUGCAAGGUGUGCCAGAGCUAUCGUUCUUUUUAUUUUUGUCAAUUUUUAAUUCAUUUUUUACAAUAAAUACGUUUAUUUAAAUAAAAGUAUUUAAGGUUACAAAUGGAAAUUAAUGUCUUUUAUAUUUGUAAUAAAUUUUCUAAAAAAGAGAUAUAGUAAACUUUUUAAAUACAACUUUGAAAAGAACUAAAUUGAUACAAAAUCUAAAAGUUAUAAUUAAUAACUUUUAUUUAUACCAAUAGUAAUUAUAAUAUUAACUUUGUUUUAUUACAAUAAUAUUUAAAUAAUUAAAUUAUAAUUAAUGUAAAUAUACAAAUCUCUAUUAGUUACUAAAUUACAAAAUAUAGAAAAGUCGAGAGUCGUUUCAAGUAUUUCCGAUUUCCGAUUUCUUGAAUUAAAAUGACAAAUUUGAUAUCACAAAAUUGAGCUCUUAAAAUGAGCUUAUUAAAUUGUAUUGCACUUCGAGUCUAAUUUCAGCUGAUUCUUUAACUUCUUUAAUAGAAAUUAAAAUAAUUCAUAUUGGCUUCUAAUCACGAAUAUAGAAUGUAGUCCUGGAACACUCUACAUAUAUAACGACAUAUCUCUAAAGGCAAAGAAUUGUUUCAAAGAUAUAUCGCAUGUUACAAAGCUUUUGAAUAUAGAUUUUAGUAAUUAUUGUUCUCUUGUGUGAACAUUGUGAUGUCAUUGCUUGAUUCAAAUAUCGAAAAUGUUUAUUAUCUUAUAAAUUGACAAAAUCUUAUAAAUUAACAAAAAACAAUUAUCUUAUAAAUCAUCACGUGAAACACGAAGAUAGAAUAUUUUUCAAAUCGAGUUGUUGAAUUACACUAUUUUUCACUAUUAUUCUCUUUCAUCGUGCGACAAUCUUCGUACCAUUUUAUCAUUCUAUCGUUUCUAUCCUUGCCGGAUUCUCUAGAGCAUUUAUUCCGAUCGAAAUUUCGAUAUUUUUACAAAUUACGAAUAUAAUUUUAUUGAAUUAGUGAAGUAUGAAUAAAUUUUACCGAAGUAGUGAUUUUAAAAGAAAAGCCAUUUUUGUUGUGCAAUAUGAAGUGUAUGUUUCUUUAUGUUUACGAAAUAUUUUGCGCGUUUAAUUAAUUAGCGAAAAUACAUUUGAACGCGAGUAUGUAAACAUGAGUAUUCUGUAGUCUUUCAUUUAAGGAUUAUAAAAUAGUUGAGAUUAAAUGCAGGUAAAUGAGCUAGGCUCGUGAUUCGGUCUAAUUAAUCGGAAGUUCCUAAGUAUUUGCAAAUGCCUAUCGCAUGUUUCUUAACGAUACCGAGAUCGUUACUACACAGCGAUACUUACUGCGCGGUUCCAUAAGACAUCCGACUGGAUAGUUAAUUAACAACAAACAUUGUUCAUCUAGUAAAUUACAAAAUUACGCAUAUUUUAAGAUGUUAGAUUUUCUAAUGCGAGGUAUUAGAGUAUCGAGUAUGCCCCAAAAAAUACCAACGGAGCCAAAGAACUUAUUAGAUUUACGACGUAUGUCGUAUAGACUGAACAGAAAAUCGAGUUACCGUUUAUCUUCGAACUGUUUGCGUCCGUGAAGAAAUGAAGAAUGUUGCGACGAAGUGAGGAAUGUACAUGAUACGUAACAUUCGGUGUUGUACACGAAGAUGUUCAAAUAUAUUCUAGAUAAGUUGUCACAGCAUUCUUCGUUAAAAAAAUAUUAAAUCGCGAGGACCGAUUGUGAUCGUCAAGCUUUCACUAAGGAUCGGCGGCUAAGUCGACAAGUUAUCCGCGACUGAACGAAGAAUCUGGGACAUCCCAUAUAACGCAAACAGGUUCUAUAUCGACCUGAUAACAUAGUGGCGAUGGCAUUAGCGCCGAUAAACUUGUAGCGACAGUUGAACUAGAUUACGCUGGAAGAAACAAAUUGUACAGUUUGCGAUUUUCUACAGAAGAGUCAAGACAUUGAACAAAAAUUGUAAACACAAACAGAAAAUUGUUCAACCUUUUAUUUUAUAAUAAAUAGUCAUUGUACACGAUCACAUCUA